AUGCAAUCCCAUCUCACCAAACGGGUGUUCCGGGCGAUCCUGAAUAACGAGCCGUUAUGUUCGUCGAGAUGCCGCUACCAUCUUCUACACACGAUCCCCUCACAUCGAGCUCGAAGUCUAGGCCUGCCAAAGUUCAACCAUGUCCAGCGACGAGGAUUAUUCGCAUUCAAUAUGAAACCGCAAGGUAUUGAACUGCAGGCGACAACUCUGAAAUCCGAGAUUGGUCUGAAGACGAUGAGGGAUCUAAUGCGGUCGUUAGAGGACAAGAGUCGGGGACCAACAAACGAUGUCAUUGCGAAAGCUUUUCGAGAUUUCUUCACGGCACGAGCGGAUACUCCGGGAUUUAUUACCGGAUUCCAGGGCCGCCUGCUUAAUAUAACAUGGGAGCACUUGCAUUCUCAACAGCAAGAUAUGGAAUCGAGUGAUUGGGCGGCAGUAUUUUCAACAGAAAGUCUGGAGAGUGUGUUAUUUGUCUUGUCUGAAGCAACGUGCUUACCCGCAUCUCGUGAAUUUAUCCUCAACAUAGCACACUCGGUCUUUCUGGAGCUCUGUGCGGACCAGGGAUUUGGCCCUAACGAGGUUAGUCGGCCUGCACUCACGGCCUAUGUCAACCUGAUGUCUUCAAACGGUGAGCCUGAGCGAGCUCAGGAAACAGUCGAAGAGUUCUGGGACAAGCUGCAGAAAGCAAAGCCGUCUCCCUGGCUUGCGGUAAUUAAGGGAUACGCCGUCCAAGGCGGCCGAGCUGAAAUCAAACAAAUUCCAGCAAGACUUAAGAAGCACGGCAAGCAGUAUGACGCUGCAAGCCAGGAAGAAUUGAUUAAAGCGCUCAUUGAAGAAAAUAUCUGGCCUGCCGUCCAGGCACUCUAUGAGUGCCCUGUGUCAAGCGGCAAAGAAGAGUCCACUUAUGCUACAAAGGAAGCUGUGAUUAGAUACGCGCUUUUCAGAUCCAAAGCUACUUGGGCACAGCCAAUUUUCAAUUCGAUUGCGCAACGGCCUAUUGCGGAGACUAUCAGUAUUAGUUUGCUCUGGGAAGCGGCCCAGGGCGGUAACGCGUUUGACAUCUCAGAGAAGGCCAGAACCUGGACCGCCGGAAACCCAACCGCACAUCUUACGACGUCAUGUCUAAACGAUUUGAUUCACUUUGCCAAUGUCAUGGACAACCCGCAGCUGGCCACAGAAUUCUUCUCUCUGGCCUCGCAAUGGGGUCUCGAGCCAGACUCACAAACCAAGAUGUUGCAGCUGGAAACGUACAUACUGGCUAAGGAUGUUGACCGGACACUUGAACUUAUGCGGGAGCUACCUGAUAUCGACGCUGCGGUAUUUGACCACCUGCCACUGAUGAAUAAGCUCAUAACGAUGCUCUGCUGGUCUGGACAGGGAGACGUUCUAUUCAAUCAAGUAUGCGGCCUUUUGGACCCCUUAUUCGAGAACAAUGUACGCUUGGAACCUGUGACUCUCGCAGCAUUGACACAUCUGCUACUUAGUCGACGUGACUGGGAGGCUGUUUCGGAACUGCUUCGUCCGCGCCUUGGUGCCCUUGAUUCGGGAGAAGCAACUGUGGUCCGGGAAGUAGUUACAAACUACAUACUGGAUGCCAGUAAAGACACUGAUGAUGUUUGGGGGGUAUAUAAUCUCGUGCGACUUGCAUUCCCCGAAACGGGGGUGAACAAGCGAACUGAAAUCAUGUCUGCCUUCUUCGAGCGUAACAGAAGUGACCUGGCUUGUCUGGUAUUUGGUCAUAUGCGCCAGGCAGAAAAUCCGGGACAGCGUCCAAAACCCUUCACCUACGCUCUGUGCUUGCAAGGAAUUGCCCGCGCAGCCGAUACAAAGAAUCUUGAACUGGUCCACAACAUGCUAAAAUUGGAUAUCGAAGUUGAUCUAAACACUCAAGUACGGAACGGUUUGAUGCUCGCAUAUGCGUCUUGCGAGAUGCCCGAACAGAGUAUGAAGCUAUUCCGUGAAAUCCUCACAUCCGAAGAAGGACCUACGCACAGGACCAUCGGAAUCUUCUUCAAGGCUUGUGAAAGCCACCACAAUGGAGUCCAAGAAGCCAUCAAGAUGAUGCAGAAGGCAAAAGAUUUGGACAUCGGGAUCGACCGCCGGAUGUACGUGACGUAUAUUGUAGCAUUGGCUGCGCAUUGCGAGUUCGAACUUGCUACGGUGGCUAUUGAUAACAUGUUUUCUGAAACUGGCUACAAGCCAAGUCGAAAGACGAUUGGUCUCUUCUACAACGCGAUUCCUUACCAGUACUGGAAAGACGAAGUUGAGACAUGGGCGAAAACCAAAUAUCCAGAAUUAUGGGACCAUCUAAUGGAGCUGAGUCGUUCUGAGCACGAGGAGGGAUUGAGAUUCGAUAAGCUCUCUCUUGAAUACCUUGUAUAA